AUGAGGUGCAAGAAACACCUUUCCGACCUGAGUAGCAGCGCCGGCGUUUGCGCCACGUGUCUCCGGGAGCGUCUUCUUGUUCUCGUCGCCGCCCAGGCUCAAUCAGCUUCCUCCGCUGCCGCAUCUGAGGAUAGUCGCCCACCACCGCUGAUUUUCCCUUGCUCUGUUUCUCCUUACAUUAGUCGACGGAAAUCUGACGACAACAGUGCAACGUCGAUCCAUCACAAGAGAUUCUACGCUCCUCCUCAGGUGGGCCUCACCACAACUGCCGCCGAGUUUGGUACCGCCACAUCUUUCAAAAAGAAACACAGGUUCUCUCUUUUUUCAAGCUUGUUCAGGGCGCGGUCCGAUAAAUUCAAUUUGGAUCCCGGGGUUCACCAUCGUCGAGACUCGUGCGAUGAGCUGUUUACGUCAUCAUCUUCCCCGUCCUGGUUCUCGGCAAUCUUUACCGUCGGUCGAAAAAAUCAGCAAUCUUCGAGGACAUCACAUGUGGAAUAUUUUAGCCAAUUCGGGCCUCGUGAUCGGAGGUCAUGCAUAGAGCGGGGAAUGUCGCCAGCGGUUGAAGCGAAUCCGGGAGACGAGUGCUAUUUAUCGCCACCGGGAAGCUCUCAGGAGGUUUCGCCGCGGUGGAAGAGGAUACCGGCGGAAGCUAGGAGAGUGAAAACCGGGUCGAAGAACAUGUCGAAAAUAGCGUUGUGCUUGAGCCCGCUGGUGAGGGCGAGCCCGAACCGGCAAUGGAGCGGAUUGCCGGCAGACAUGUGGUUUGCAAGCGAAGGUAGGCCGCCGAUGAAGCCUCACUUGGCUACUGCCUCGGGGUUUUGUGGGAAUCGGUCCAAGAAGCUCGCUGAUUUUGGCAGAGUGAAUUACAAGCGUUGA